GCCGCAUGAUAACGGCGCCAUUUUCUAGUUCAUUGAAUAAAAGGGGUUUGGCAGCACGGGUUUUUACGAGUCAGUACGAGCCUAAAUUUUUAUUAAUCAGGUAAAUACCAAGGAGUUUUAACCAUGUCAACUACUCCGGCUCAGAAACACACCCGGGCCAGUGGGGCCCAAACGCCUCUGAGCCCGACUCGGAUUACUCGAAUCCAGGAGAAAGAAGAGCUGAAGAAUCUCAAUGACCGCCUGGCCGUUUACAUCGACAAGGUACGCUCCUUGGAAUGCGAGAAUAGCGUCCUGCAGCUUAAGAUCUCCGAAAAGGAAGAGGUGACGACCCGUGAGCUGACCGGCAUCAAGGCCAUGUAUGAGACGGAGUUGGCCGACACUCGGAGGUUGCUUGACGAGACAGCUAGGGAAAAAGCGAAGCUGCAGAUCGAACUGGGCAAGAGUAAAGCAGAGCUGGACGAACUCAGCAAAAAUUACAAGAAGAAAGAUAAUGACCUGAUAACAGCACAAGCUCGGCUGAAAGAUUUUGAAUUAACAUAUCAUAAAAAUGAGGCUGCUCUUAACACUGCUCUUGGUGAAAACCAACGUAUGGAAGCAGAGCUGGCUGAUCUACGCUCACAGCUUGCUAAGGCUGAAAGUUCACUGGCUGCUGCCAAAAAGCAGUUGGAAGGGGAGACACUAAUGCGAGUCGACCUGGAGAAUCAGUGUCAAAGCUUGACAGAGGAACUGGCAUUCAGGAAGAAUGUGUUUGAAGAGGAGGUGCGUGAAACUAAGAAGAGACAAGAUCGUCGUGUAGUUCAGGUGGACUCUGCACGAAAAAUUGACUAUGACUCCAAAUUGGCAGAGGCCCUUCAAGACCUUCGAAAACAGCAUGAGGAUCAAGUGAGACAAUACAAGGAAGACUUGGAACAAACUUUCCAAGCCAAGCUGGAAAAUGCUAAAGUAGCAUUUGAUAGAAAUGACAAAGCUAUGGGCACAGCAAGGGAAGAACUACAGGAGGCAUACCUCAGAAUUGAGAGUCUGAACUACCAACUUGGAACCCUGCAGAAGCAGUCUGCUGCUUCUGAGGCUCGAAUUAGGGAGUUGGAAGAGAUGCUGGCUAAUGACCGUGAUAAAUAUCGUAAGAUGUUGGAGGCAAGAGACCGGGAAAUGGCUGAGCUGAGGGAUACUGUGGAGGUGCAGUUGCAGGAAUAUGAAGACCUCCUUGAUGUUAAACUGGCUCUUGACAUGGAAAUUCAAGCCUACCGUAAACUCCUGGAAGGCGAGGAAGAGAGAUUGAAGCUGUCUCCAAGUCCUUCCUCUCGCGUUACAGUGUCCCGUGCUACAUCCAGCAGUGCUGUUCACACCUCCCGAGCCAAACGCAAGCGUGUAGAAAUAGAAGAACCUCAUGAAAGCAGCAGUCGUAUACAGCAGACUCACACUAGCAGUGGUUCGAUAAGUAUUGAGCCAACUGAUCUUGAGGGAAAAUUUGUUUGUCUCAGUAAUAAAUCUGAGAAGGAUCAGCCACUGGGUGGUUGGAGACUGAAGAGACAAAUUGGAGAUGGGGAAGAAAUGGUCUACAAAUUCACUCCCAAGUACACUCUGAAGGCUGGACAAGAAGUCAAAAUCUGGAGUGCAGAUGCUGGUAAAGCCCAUAGUCCUCCUACUGACCUUCUGUGGAAGAAUCAUAGCUGGGGCACUGGUGAUGAGAUUAAGACUGUCCUUGUCAACUCUGAUGGAGAGGAAGUUGCAGUAAGAAAUCUCCGAAAAACUUACCAUGAAGAUGUGGAGGAAGAAGCUGAAUUUGGAGAGGAAGAUCUUUUCCACCAACAGGGUGACCCAAGGACCACUUCCCGACAAUGUGCAGUCAUGUGAUCAGAAAUUUACUAUUCUUCAUUCAGGAGAAAACUCCCUUUUAUCCAGAGCCACUGAGAAAUAUUUUUGUACACUGUUUUUCUUUAAUGUUUCAAAACCAUUCUAGUCUAGUACUUUUAUGACCAUUGUUUUAAUUUGUAAAACCUGAGUUCUGAAGGGGUAUUUUUAAGAUUUUUCUUUGGCAAAACAUUUAUUCAAAUGUGAUGUUUAAAAACUGAGGUUACUAAAAUUUUACAUGGGGGUGGGAAAUAGAUGAAUAUUUUUAGUCAUAUGACCUCCUUGUGUACAGAUUUGGGUUCAUACAUCUGGGAUUUAACCAUGGAACUGCAUCACAGACUGUGUAUUAAUCAGAAUUUGGUUAUUCUGCAGUUUUUCAAACCCAAAGGGUUGUAAAAACUCCACCAAAUUGGUGUUAACCUAGUACCCAGACAAAAUUAACAUUGUUAGGAGUAUGAAACUCCUUCAAAACUGUGGGUGGAGUAUUCUGUACUCCACUGCAGAAUUCUCAGGUCUUUUACAGAAAUCAUGCUAAAAAGAUUUCUACUGUGAUCCUGCCCAUUUAUUUGGCUGUUCUGUAUAAAUACUGCCGUACUAAAACUGGUAUAUGUGAUCUAUAAGAAAUUUGUAAUAUGGAAUGUGAACUGUUGAAAUGCCUGAAUAAUCAAUGAUCUGGAAAUGAGCCUAGAUAUUAUUUUAAUUGGGUGAAUUGUGAUCAUAUGCAGUUAUUAAAUGGAAACAUAAGCAUUGCAUGAAAAACAGCAGAAUACACCAAACGUUUUAUUUUAAUCUUAAGUGCUGCAUUGCUCUCAUUUUCAUAGCAAAGCCUGAAACUGGUGUCUUUGAAGUUACAUUCUUUUUUAAGUGUCUGAUUAUUUGAAUCCUUUGUUUAAAUACCAUUUGGGUACUUUUUACUGGCUGGUGUAUUAAUAUUUGGAUGGUGGCUUAUGGAAGCUUGUAUUUUUUUUUUCGUUGCUUGAUGGCUGGUUAGUACUUAACUGAUAAUUUGUAAUUGCUUGCUCGUUUAGUAGCAUAUUAGAUUGCCUUCUAAUUGAAAGUUGAGAAGUGAAAAAAAUGUUUCUUAACACUGGGACAGAUAUUAAGCUUAAUUUGACAAGAUAGUUUAGCAGUUCAGAAACCAUCUUAAUUUGAAAACUCCUGUUUAAUAAAUCAUGUAGCCAGUAUUCAACUGAAUAUAUAACAGCAAAAUCAUAAAUUUUGGCACUAUCCAAGAUUUUUAAAAAAUACUGCAAAUCUGAAGUGUUUUCUUAAAGUAGCGCAAUCAUGUUCAAAGCAAAGUGUUUGUUUAUUUUGUAGUCACCAAAGUUGUCAAGGAGUGUGGCUACUUAAGAAAUUCUAAGCAAUAAAAUAGUGGAAAACCAAUUUGCAGUUAACCCUUUAGUAGUCGUCUUGGUAUCUUUGUCCCAUGAGUUGUUUUCAGUUAGUUAGUUAUAUACUUUUUGGUGGGAGGUGGAAUUGCAAAAAUCAUGUUCCUUGUAUUUUUUUUAAGGAUGGACACAUUUUGAAGUACUGUACCUGUACAGUUAAUGUAUGGAGGGGUGGUGGGGAAGUUGUCAUUGUCACACUAAUGUUUUAUCCCACAUACUUUGAUUUAAUAUAUCAUAUAUAUGGUUAAAUUUUAUGCUUAUCAUUCAUUUUUAUUAACUUAAAUUCUGUUUCUCAGUUACUUUUAUGGGCUGAAUACAAAUUGAAUGUUAAGAUUAAAUAGAAUUUCUUUAAAUACAUGUAUCUAAUAGUUCUAGUCUAAAGUAUUAGUGGCUUUUCAUAAAUUUAUGGUUGUCUUAGUAUAUUAGAAUUGACUGUGAAAAGUAGAAUUAAGUGCCCUAAAUUUGAUGUUGCUGAGAAAUUUUAUGGCCUGAGAAACAGAAUUUUAGAUAAAGCCUUAUGCUUUAAUAUUAAACUUUUGACCUAUAGUUGAUGGUAUUUUUUAAAAAAAAUCAUGUGCACACUUUUUUUAACAAGAUAUAAAUAUACUGAUGAAAAUCAUGAUGCACGUUGCUGUGAGGUUUCUUUUAAACCUUUGAAAGGCUUCAUUGCAAGGUUUCUGGUGUUUCCCUUGUAAAAUCAAACACUUUUUUUCCCACUGAUUAAAAAGAAACCCAUAAAGCACACAUGGAAUUCAGUUUGAUUCAUUUCAUUUUUGAGGUUUUUCAUUCAAAUGUUUGUAAUUUCUCUCUCUCACCCCCUCCCUUUUUUCUUCCCUUCCCAUUUUCCUCUCCCUUCCCUUUUUUUUUCUUCUAUCUCUCCCUGCCCCUCGCCAAAUUGCAUGGCAGCAUAAUGGUGAAUUUGCCAGACUAGUAAUCCUCAGGUCUUUAAGAACUGUCAACCAUUCUCUCAUUUCCUUCAGAGAAGGAAAUCUGCCGUGCUUACCUGGUUUGGUGUAUAUGGGUAUGGGGGUGUGCGUGUGUCUGUGUGCGUGUGUAAUCACUCCAGACUCUUGGUAAUGUAUUUGACAUUAACUGUCCUCUCAAAUUAUCUAUCUAACAAGCCAUUCAGGGAUUAUUGGGCAUGGUCAUUAACCUUUCCAGCAACAUUUGAAAGUCAAAGGAUUUAAACCUAACUUUACCAGAGGCAGCUGUCUUUCUAACAAAUAAACUACAAUCAAAUCGAAUGACUAAAUUUACCUUUCAGAUUUCUUGGCAGAAAAGUAGACUUCUCUCUCUACUUGUUCCAUCUUCUUAAAUAAAUCUUCAUAGCUCACAUGAAUUACUAAUGUGUUGUGUUUUUUUGAGCAAUGAAAGAGGGUAUUAUUUCGCUUUUAAACUUGUGGUAAAACACUGUAUAGAUUGUGUAAUUGAAGGUGCAGUACCUUUUUUUGCCCUGGUUAGUUUGAGUCAUAUGUUAAUGAUCUACCAAAGCAUCGCCAUCAGCUAUAUCAGGAACUGUUGAAACUGACACCACCCUCCUGUGGAAAAAGUUGCCCCUCCAGGUCUGUUUUUAAAUCUUUCCCUCUCACCUUAAACCUAUGCCUCUAGUUGUGGAUUCCUACACCCUUUGGAAAAGACCUUAGCUACUCACCUUUAUCUGAAGGUGAAUAUGAAAUACCCUGAAUAGACUAAAUGCUCUCAAUGAAAAAGGUGCUGUACCUAGAAUGCAUUUGAUAGAAUCAACACGUUAUCGUAAAUAUCACUGCAAGUGGAACUUCAAUCUGCCCUUGUAACGUAAGUAUUUGCUUUCACUUUAAGCAAAGGAAAUUUGAAUUUGCAUUUGAUUCUUGGGUUGAAAAAUGUUGUCUUUUCACCAAAUAAACCAGUCUCAUUGCUCAGAUUAUUUUCUUAUAUGGCAAUGACAUGCCAAAAUACAAUGUUCUGUCUGUAAUUUGUAAGCAUACAUUUUAUAACUGGAAUUUUUUUGAGCAUUCAAUAAAUGUGGUUUUGCUUAUUUUGAAA